ACACGUGGCAUUUAUUUUGUGGGUUGGAUCACGACUAGUCGACGAAGGCAUGGCGGCUUCUUCACUUGUCGUUUCUUCGUGUCUCUUGUAAAACCGAAAAAUUUCACCAGGCGGAGCAACUCUGAGAUCGCCGGCAGAUUUUGUUCGCAGAGAGGAGAAAUACAGAGGUAGAAGUAGACAAAACCGAGGGGAAAAGAAGCUAAGGAUGGAUUGGGAAGCGCUCGAUGCUCUGAUCAUCGAUUUCGUUACCUCCGAGAACCUGGUGGUAGAAGAAGACGCAUGCGCGAAUUCAUCGCCGUCUCCUUCUUCGUCGCCUUGCAUCUCCUCAUCGUCGUAUCACGCUAGAUUGAUCAUUCGCCGGAUCCGAAACUCGAUUGAGUCCGGGGACAUUCAGAACGCCAUCGACACCCUUAGCUCUCACGCUCCUUUCGUCCUCGAUGAUCACAGGAUUCUCUUUCGCCUUCAGAAACAGAAAUUUAUUGAGCUGCUGAGGAAAGGAAGGCAUGACGACCGUGUUGCUGCUAUUCAUUGCUUGAGGACUUGUGUUGCUCCCUCUGCUCUCGAUGCCUAUCCGGAAGCUUACGAGGAGUUCAAGCAUCUCCUUCUUGCACUCAUUUAUGAUAAAGAUGAUCAAACCUCUCCAGUUUCAAACGAGUGGGCAGAGAAAAGAAGGUACGAAAUGGCUGGACUGAUGUCAUCUGUCUUGAGGGCUUCUUUACAAGCAUAUGAUCCUCUAUUUUCAAUGACCCUAAGAUAUCUGAUCAGCAUACAUAAAGGAUUUUGCUUUCACCAAGGGAUUUCCUCCGCAGUUUCUGAUCUCACCCAUAGGUUGCUCUUGGAGGAGCGUGAUCCCCCAGCUACUCCUCUGGAAAGCAUGUACGAAGCACCACCCUUUGAUGAGGUGGACAUACAGGCUCUUGCUCAUGCGGUUGAGCUCACUAGACAAGGUGCCGUUGAUAGCAUGAAAUUUGCCAAAGGUGACCUCUUCCAGGCUUUCCAGAAUGAAUUGUGCAGGAUGCAAUUAGAUGUUUCUGUUCUUGAUGAGCUUGUUAAGGAGUACUGCAUAUACAGGGGUAUUGUUGAUUCAGAGAUGCAAAUGAUCACGGGUCCUGUCAAACGCAACCAAUUUGAGGUGGCCCAUAGGUUAUCAAGAGAUUGUUCUGCUGAAAUAGAUCUCAACACAAGUCAACAUUCAGAUGUCGAGGACUACUGCAUGCUUGAUGGCGCACUCGUAAAUGACGCUGAAAUGUCUAGCAAAGAAGGAGGUGAAGUUGGCAGUGAACGAACCAAUGUUUCUGAAGAUUGCAGCAAUAGCUGGUCAAACAAAUGUGAAAACACAAGAGCUCUGGUUAGAAUUAGAUCCCAUAUGAACUGUGAGAGCAAUAAACGAAAAAGAUGGCGAGGGAGAAUUGAUGAAACGGAUCGUCUUCCUGAUCCUUCAUUUUCGAAGUCUGAGACAGGCAUAAACCCUUUAGAGAAUAAGUAUGAAAUAGCCUUGGCGCUGAAGGAAUUGGUUAGUAGAGGAAUGGUAGCAGAAGCCGUUAAUGAGAUCAGCACCAUGGAUCCAGACUUUUUCACACAGAAUCCGGUUUUACAUUUCCAUCUUAAGCAGGUUGAAUUUCUAAAGCUGGUGAGUGCUGGUGAUCACAACGGAGCACUAAAGGUCGCGUGCUCUCACUUAGGUCCCUUGGCAGCCAAUGACCAGUCUUUACUGAAGACAUUGAAGGAAACUUUGGUAGUUUUACUCCAACCCGACGGAAACACAACUGGGAAAGAUUUGCCUUUGAAUGAUCUGGCCAAUACGCUACAGGUUUCUGUGGGUAAUAGGCUGGGGAUCGAAGAACCGCAGCUUAUGAAAAUAAUAAGAGCGACGCUUCACUCACAUACUGAGUGGUUCAAGCUUCAGAUGUGUAAAGACCGGUUCAGUAACCUCCUUAAGAUAGAUUCUUUGAAAGAAGUUAACACUGAUUUGAUCGGUGCUAUCAAAUCAAGAUCAAACAAAGAGAACAACGCAAACUUGUCAUCUCAGCUCACGACGACGUCUUCGAGCACCAUGACCUCCGAAGAUGGUGGUAGCAGCAGCUUGAUGAUGACGACUCAGACUUCGUCAAGAGAGGCCUUGUGGGAAGAAAGUGCAAUACUUAAAGUAAUGGAAUUUCUGGCGUUGUCGAGGUCUGAUGCAAUACAACUACUAUCACAAUACAAUGGAAACGCUGAGGCUGUGAUCCAGCAACUCUUUGGCUAAACCGAACAGUGCGAAAGUUCUUUUAAAUUUGCAUGAGAUUAUUUGUUUAUUCUUUCUGCAUUUGGUGUAUGUACAUUACUUAACUCAGAUACACUUGUGAAAGAAGAGAAACAAAUGCUAGUUUUAAACAGUAAAA